CUCACCACCUACGGGCACCUGCUGCGGGCCUACGGGGAGAUGCGCACGGCCACCACCGUCCUCAUCAUGAUCGUCUCCAUCAUCUGCUGCUUGGGGCCCUACUGCAUCCUGGGGCUGGCUGCUGCCGCUGGCCACCUGCCCUUCUCGCCCACCAUGGACGCCGUGGCCAGUGGGAUGGCCUGGGCCAAUGGUGCCAUCAACCCCCUCAUCUACGCCGCCCGCAACCCCAACAUCUCCGUGCUGCUGCGGCGCAGCCGUGAGGGCGGCUACAGGACUAGAAACAACGUGGCGGCGUACCUGUCGGCCCCAGGCUACCGGCCGGAGCCCCAGAGCCGGGCUGACCGCGUCCGGGAGCGCUAUGUCAACCGGCACAGCGGCCCCCCAGGCAGUGCCCUGUCCUCCUCCAGCCCGGCGAGCGGGGGAGAGGUGGCCAUGUGGGCCUGCAAGAACCCCGCCGUCCUCUUCUGUCGAGAUGGGCAGCCAGACACCAUCUCUGAGGCCGCCGUACAGGCCAAAGCGGAUACCGUCAACACCAGCCUCUGA